CCCUCCUUUCCAUAAACCCAAAACCCCAAAGUCCUCCCAACCAGAAAGUCACGGGCGAUGUUGGUGGGCCCCAAUCUUCUCCGCCGCCUCCUACGAUCUUCACGACCACCUGCCACACACGGCGGCAAUGGACUUAUUGUAUCAGCCUUCCACCAGCUCCGAUAUCACUAUAGUACAACCAACGAAUUGUCAGCCGAACACUUAAAGGAUGACGGAAAUAGUGAAAAGAAAAAGAAAAACAAAUGGUUCACGCUACCCCCAUUUACUAAAACCGUCAACGCCUCUGUAUUGGCAGCCAAACUAUCCGGAAAACCCCAUUCGAAAGCCGCCAAUGAAACGACGGCGGUCAAGUGGGUAAUGAGAUGCUGCCCGGAGCUGCCCAGAAGCCUAGUACAAAAGCUAUUUCGCUUAAGACAGGUUCGAAGAGAAUCCCAUGUCCUGGAAGUUGCUGGUGAUGGUUGCCAAGUACAAACAGUUCAACUUAAAAGGGUAGGGGCAAAGGAUGCGUUGAACAUUGGAGAUAGAAUCUUUCUUCCUUUUAGUGUCAGAGAGUUUCGAGAGGAGAAACAAGAAAGUGGCUGCACUGAAGAAGAAUUGAACUUUAUCCGAGGUCUGGAGCUUUAUAAGGAUCCUGCCAUUAUUGUUCUCAAUAAGCCUCCGGGGAUGCCAGUUCAAGUAAGCCAUCAGAUUUUUGAUUUGUUGUCCCUCUUUGUAUUUCUCAUUGUUUUUAUAUUACUGGCUAUGUUAUUGUACUUUAAACAGGGUGGUAUUGGAAUCAAAUGGAGUUUAGAUAAACUGGCAGCAGCCUGUUUAUGUUUUGAUUACUCAGAACCACCUCGGCUGGUGCACAGACUUGACAGAGAUAGCAGUGGCAUAUUGGUGAUGGGGAGAACACAAAUGAGUGCAACAAUUCUUCAUUCUGUAUUUCGUGAGGAAACAAAUGAUGCAUCAAAAGAUGAUGUUGACAAUGAGAAAAGAAUCUUGCAAAAGAGGUAUUGGGCACUUGUCAUUGGGUCUCCAAGACGCCCCAAGGGAAUGAUUGUAGCUCCACUUCGGAGGGUGGUGGUGGAUGAUGGAAAAUCUGAUCGAAUCACCGUCUUUGACAAUUCCCAGAUUGUGUCCUCUCAGCGUGCAAAAACAGAGUAUCAAGUCAUUAAAACAACAUCUCAUGGCUGCACAUGGUUAGAGCUGUCUCCGCUCACUGGUAGAAAGCACCAACUUCGAGUACAUUGUGCGGAGGUAUUGGGAACACCAAUUGUUGGAGACUACAAAUAUGGGUGGCAAGCUCAUAGAAGGUGGCAACAUUUGCCUGAGUCUGAUCUUAAAAAGAGCUCAAAUGAUAAGUGUCCAGAGGAAAACAUGCUUCCCUUUGGCCUUAACAUGGACAGCGGAAGUAUCUCUGCGAAGCGCCCUCGGUUACACCUUCACUGUAGGGAAAUGAUCUUUCCAAAUGUCUCUCAAGCAUUGCAAAAUCUGCAAUUGUCUACAGAUCAUGAUCUUUCAAAACUCAAAAGCCUCGAAGUAGUUGCUCCAUUGCCUUCAUACAUGCAAAAAAGUUGGGAUAUCAUGAAUUCUUGAGCUACAGUUGGGAACUUGCAAGUUUGCAAUCGAUUGUUAAUUACUAGAAA